AUGCUUCCACGCACCAAAUACAACCGCUUCAGGAAUGACUCGGUGACAUCGGUCGAUGACCUUCUGCACAACCUGUCGGUGAGCGGCGGCAGCAAGGUCUCGGCGGCGCGCGCGGCCCCCGCGGCGGCGGCCCCCUACCUGGUGUCCGGAGACGCGCUGCGCAGGGCGCCGGACGAUGGCUCCGGCAGCCUGGGUCACCUGCUCCACAAGGUGUCCCACCUGAAACUCGCCAGCUCGGGCCUCCGCGGCCUGUCGGCGGCCAGGGAGCGGGCGGGCGCCCGGCUCUCGGGCAGCUGCAGCGCGCCCAGCCUGGCCGCCCCGGACGGCAGCGCGCCCCCCGGCCCCCGCGCCCCGGCCAUGCGCGCCGCCAGGAAGGGUCGGCCCGGGGAUGAGCCGCCGCCCCGCGCGCCCGCCGCCAGCGACCAGGUGCUCGGGGCCGGAGUCACGUACGUCGUCAAGUACUUGGGGUGCAUUGAAGUUCUACGCUCAAUGAGGUCUCUUGACUUCAGUACCAGAACACAAAUUACCAGGGAAGCCAUCAGCCGCGUUUGCGAAGCCGUCCCUGGCGCCAAGGGAGCCUUCAGGAAGAGAAAGCCUCCAAGCAAAAUGCUGUCCAGCAUCUUGGGCAAGAGCAACCUCCAGUUCGCCGGGAUGAGCAUCUCCCUCACCAUAUCCACCGCCAGCCUGAACCUGCGGACGGCAGACUCAAAACAGAUUAUAGCAAAUCACCACAUGCAGUCCAUCUCCUUCGCCUCCGGGGGCGACCCGGACACAACGGACUACGUGGCGUACGUAGCUAAGGACCCUGUUAACCGCAGAGCUUGCCACAUCCUGGAGUGCUGCGACGGGCUGGCCCAGGACGUCAUCGGCGCCAUCGGACAGGCCUUUGAGCUGCGGUUCAAGCAGUACCUGCGGUGUCCCGCCAAGGUCCCUGCUCUGCACGACCGAAUGCAGAGUCUGGAUGAGCCCUGGACCGAAGAGGAGGGCGACGGCUCAGACCACCCGUACUACAACAGCGUCCCGAACAAGACGCCUCCUGCAGGGGGUUUCGUGGAUGCACGACUGAAGGCCAGACCCCCUGGCCCUGACACAGCCCCGUUUUCAGGAAAAGAGCAAACUUAUUACCAAGGAAGACACUUAGGAGAGCCAUUUGGCGAAGAGUGGCAGCAAACACCUGCCAGGCAAGGGCCCAUGGACACGUCCAGCACGCCGGGAGGGACGGCGCCGGCGGCCCCGACGGGAGAAGCCCCCACCUACGUGAACACCCAGCGCUUCCCGCCGCAGGCCAGGCCGGGCACGGGCAGCAGCGCGGAGAGCAGCCCGAGGAAGGACCUCUUUGACAUGAAACCUUUUGAAGAUGCUCUCAAGAACCAGCCCGUGGGGCCUGUGCUGAGCAAGGCGGCCUCCGUGGAGUGCAUCAGCCCCAUCUCCCCCAGAGCCCCGGACGCCAAGAUGCUGGAAGAGCUGAAAGCCGAGCUUUGGUACCAAGGCCAGAUGAGCAGGAAGGAGGCUGAGGGGCUGCUGAAGCGAGAUGGAGACUUCCUGGUCAGGAAGAGCACCACCAACCCGGGUUCCUUCGUUCUCACCGGCAUGCACGACGGCCAGGCCAAGCACCUGCUGCUCGUGGACCCAGAAGGCACGAUCCGGACGAGGGACAGGAUCUUUGACAGCAUCAGCCACCUCAUCAACCACCACCUGGCGAACAGGCUGCCCAUCGUCUCCGCCGGGAGUGAGCUCUGCCUCCAGCAGCCGGUGGAGAGGAACCCGUGA